AAAUAUGCAGACUGCAAGUUGCUCUCAGAUGUUGUUCGGAAGCAGUGACAGCUUUACUACUGGCGUUUCUGAGCUCAGAUGUAGUCUGAAAGCUCAGAGCAAUUAUACUUUUGUUUUGUAUGUCAAAUGGAGAGUGGAAACUAUUGUAUACGAUCAGUAAAGUCUUUUUCAGAGUGAUUCUCGUAUCGAAAGCUUUCAAGAGUUCAGUAGAAACCAGGAGAAAAUACAAAAGGCUGCAGAAGAGAAGUAGAAAAAGCAGAAGAGCAGUAUUGCCUUCAACCGUGACCCUACAACUCCCAACAAAAAGUACAGGUCUGCCACUAUUUUCAGAUUUGGUCACUGAGAAAACUAGAUAUGAAAUGCUUCCAGAAGGAUGACUGAAGAUGCAAUUACAGGUCUAAAUUGUUUACAGCUCCAGCAUAGCAGAUGCCCUUUCUUCUCCCCAUGCAGAUCUUCAUCCAAUCAGCAGCACAACCAACUAUUAACUUCAAACAGGCAUUUGAGAAGGAACACAACUAGAGCUGUACCUGACUAAGUCAAAGAAUAAGGCUCCAGAGUUGGAUAGAUGGAAUAACAACUGAGACCUCAAUACACACACCAGAGGGGAAGGAGAUCCAACAAAAAUGUGCCUAGCCUCAGGACAAUCUGACCAGCAAAAAUCUAUAGAGGAACAAUAUCAUGCUACACAGUCAACAUUUUUGCAUAGUUAAAUUAACACGAGAGAGAAAAAAUAAAAAGAGCCAAAUACUGUGAAGAGCCAAAUAAUGCUGUACACGAAAGCAAGAGGAUGCAAAGAAACAAGGCAAAGCAACCUUAAGUUUGCAGCUUCUCCAAUGCUUUUAAAUUGUUACGUUUCUGGGAAAUUUUAAGUGGUUAAAAACUCCACCUCUUACCGAAACCUUUCCCUGGACUUCACUUCUGUGCUAAAUGAAAACAAACAUGACAACUGACAACUCGAUCUGUCACAACAACACGGACCUAAAAUGCUACUAUGCAAUUACAUACACUUUUAUCUUGGUUCCUGGAUUAAUAGGAAAUGUUCUAGCUCUGUGGGUUUUUUAUGGUUACAUGAGAGAAACGAAAAGGGCUGUGAUCUUUAUGAUCAAUCUCGCCAUUGCUGAUUUAGCACAAAUUUUAUCUCUGCCCCUACGGAUAUUCUACUACUUGUCUGGAACAUGGCACUUUGGAGGAGGUCUCUGCAUGUUUUGUUUCUACCUUAAAUAUGUGAACAUGUACGCAAGUAUCUACUUCUUGGUUUGCAUCAGCGUAAGACGAUUUUUGUUUCUCAUGUACCCCUUCAGAUUUAGCGAUUGCAAACGCAUAUACGACAUAUACAUCAGCAUCAUUGGGUGGAUUGUUGUCUGUAUUGGCUGCUUGCCUUUUCCUCUUCUAAGACAGAAUGAGACAAAUAUGAGUAACUGCUUUGUGGACCUUCCCGUAAAAGAUAUUGAUCUUCCCCUCUCCAUUGCAAUGAUGACCCUGGGCGAGUUGUUUGGGUUUGUGACUCCUUUGCUAAUAAUACUGUAUUGUUCAUGGAAAACGAUCUUAUCAUUAAAAGAAAAGAAUUCUGUUUCCCAUGACCUGGGUGAGAAAAAAAAAGCUUUAAAGAUGAUUCUCACCUGUGCUGUGGUGUUUCUAAUUUGCUUUGCACCUUAUCAUAUCAGCUUCCCUUUAGAUUUUUUUGUUAAAACCAAAAAGAUAGAAGACCAGCAUGCCCAAAAUGUGAUUACAGUAUUUCAUGCUGUGGCUUUGUGCCUUGCCAGUUUAAAUUCCUGUGUAGACCCAGUUAUAUACUACUUUACUACAGAUGAGUUCAGGAGACGACUUUCAAGACAAGAUUUGCAAGACAGCAUGCAACUAUGUAACAAAGGCUAUGCUAAAAAAGCCCCUCAGAGCUGUGUAGAAGGGUAAAGUAGUUAAAUAUUAAUUCUGCAUUUUCUGAAGGGGGUUAAGAGGACUUAAGAUGUUCAACACUGUAUUUAUGUGGACCAUAAUUUCCCCCCAUAUACUGAAAUCUCUCCUCAGGCAAACAUUUGUCAACUCCAGUGAGCAUUUGGCUGAGCAAAAAACUAAGGACUUGAGGAUUUGACCUUCUGCCUGAAAACUUUCUAUAUAUACAGCCUGAAUUUAAACAUGUUAUGAAUAUUACACAGAUAAUUCAUAUGGUGCUCAAAUGUCACUCUCCCAGCCAGAGUGAAAGAGCUUUGCUAUUGUGAACUGACAAGAAUGGCACUAAAGCCUGGGUGUUAGUUCAGCAGCCAGUUAGUGCCAUAUAUGGAGAAGGGAGGAUGGAGCAAGUGCCCUGUCAUUACAGUAUUAUAAGAGCAUUUGGCUAUGUGUUUGCUCUGUAUGCUCACCCACCUGGUCACUGGGAAGGACUCUGUGCUACCUUGCAGAUGCCAUUAGGGAACAUCAGAUUUGUGCGCUCUGAGCAGGUUCUCUGAUAUCUUUGUCAACAGUUAUGCUGAACUAUAGCUUUAAGUGCCCACAUAAGCAGGCUUAGAAUUUAGCUUGUUGUUAAGAGGUCAUUAAGAUCUAAAUACAUAUUUACUGAUCGAAUCUGUAAGAGCCCAAACUGGGGGGGGGAGGAAAGGGGCAAUAAAGAGUGUUUCCAAUGCACAGAUAGGCAUAACGGAGACCUACGGUCAAUUUUUCAGAAGACAGAAUGUAAUAUCCUAAAUGCAUGGCCAGUGAAGCUGUGCAUAGGACAGGGAGGCUCUGAAGGAUAAGUGCACUAGUCUAUCCCCAUUAUCCAUCUGUAUGCCUUGCAGCAGUGCCUGUUAACUUGUACAUAACAGCUGAUGGCUGGGAACCAGGAUGCUUGAAACAAACUCUUGGAUUUAGGUUGUGCUGUAUGGAUGGGAUUUGGCCCUUAAAAAUAAUUCUUGACAGCAUAUUAUUUAUUUUUGUAAAAUAAAUAUUAAAAAGGUGAUGAGUUAUGAACACUGGAUUCAGCUGAAAUUAUCUUUAUUUGAGGUCAAUUCUUGAGAACUUUGGAAUUUGUUUAGUCCUUAACUCAGGCAGAAUUCCCAUACACUUGAAGGAGAAAUCUGAUUAAAUGAGGACUUCAAGAUCUAGCCUCUUAAUAACACAACCAUUAUUAUUAAAAUAAAUGGAGAGUACCAAGAGUCUGCAUUGUGCAAAACUGACCAUAUAGGGAGGAGGGGAUGCAGUUCUGCCACAAAGAGCUUACAAUUAUUAAUUGAUAUCCUAUCAGAUUUUUAAGCAUAUCACCUUAUAUAUUCAGCUCCUGUACUCAAAAGGUAGAGCUGGGUUAACUUGUUAAGAGAAAACCCAUGCUCUCACCUAUUUCUACAGAAUCAUACUUGCGCUGAACUUUUAAGGCUCAAAAUUGUCCUGACUGGCAUUUUCCCUCCAGUCCCAAUUUCUAGAGCAGAGUAGGAAGUGUGCCAAAAUACUAUGAGAAAGAUUUCAAGACUCAGAUAAGGUUCAAAUACAGGCUCCUAACCUCAAGAUGCUUGUUUAAACCAGAUGUCAAAUAAGCUUCUCACAGGGUACCCACUGCUGAAGAUACUGGGUAUUUUUUUUUUUUAAACUCAUAACUGACUUGUAACUAGAACAGCUACAUUUUAUGGUGUUACAUCCAUUACAGGUGCAGUUUAAAAAUGACCAGUGAAGG